AAAACUUUAAUCGGGAAAAAAUCGUCCGGAUGUUUGUUGUUCAACCCGUUCAACCUCAAUCACAGUUAUUUUUCGCAUUUAAUGCCACAACUAAAGUGAAAAAUCAAUGAAAAUCUUCCUGAGAAAUUGUUCAAAAUCUCUUAAAACACAAAUUAGCUAUAGAAGUUUUCAAUACCGUGCAUUAUUUACCCAGAGAUUCCAGGUAAACAUCAGUUGAGCAAAAGUGAGGUUAGAUGGUGUUUUGACGUGUCGUUUUUUAAACUGGAUUUUUGCAAUUUUCCUCAAUUUUCUUUGGAAAACUUGCGAAUAUUGUGAAAAAUAGGAGUUUAGGAGAUAGUUCAGAAGGCCAGAAAACAUGUCAGAUUUGAAUACAUCCACGUCAGAUCGGAGUGAUGACACGCUCUACCGAAGUGCUCUGGAUAACAGUGGAUUUGGGUCAGAGAGUGAUACUACUCUCACCGCCAGUGAAUUAAGCAGCGACACAUUGGAGAAUACGGACAAUACUAUCCAUACAAUUGGUGAAUCCUCUGCCCAGAUGUUAGACGAAGAGAGGAGUUUUGUCACUCCAGAUGCCAGGGUAAAACGGAAACGUAGCCUUGAUGAAGUCAUCACGAUCAGCAGUGAAGAUGAAUCCUCAACGCCAGCUGCAUCUUCAUCAACAGCUGCCACAGCAGAGACUGUCACUGAGAAGCCGCAGAAGAGCAGUGAGAAAUCGACAGAAAUCAAGAUUUACGAUUCCCUCGAGGAAUUUGACAGGAAUCUUCCAGCCACGGUGAAUCUGCUGAAGACUCCGCAUGGGAGUCGCGUGUAUCUCGUGGGAACGGCUCACUACAGUGAAGAAUCGCAGAAUGACGUGUCCCUGGUGAUCAGGAAUGUGAGACCGAGGGUGGUGAUGGUGGAACUUUGUGCAUCACGACUGCAUAUCCUCAAGUACGAUGAGAAGACGCUGCUGGAGGAGGCAAAGGAUAUCAGUAUGGCAAAGCUUCGGAAUGCCAUUCAGGCCAAUGGAAUGGUGAUUGGGCUGCUGUUUAUUCUGCUGCUGAAUAUCAGUGCGAAGUUGACUGAACAGUUGGGCAUGGCGCCAGGUGGGGAAUUCAGAAGGGCUCUGGAGGAAGCACAAAAACUGCCCAAUUGCCUUCUUCAUUUGGGUGAUCGUCCAAUCAAUAUUACCCUUCAGAGAUCUCUCCAUGGACUGACUUUUUGGCAGACACUGAAACUCGUGUGGCGUCUGCUGACGUCGGAUCUGAAGAUCAGCAAGGAGGAAGUGGAGAAUUGCAAGCAGAGUGAUCUGCUGCAGACGCUAAUGGAGGAAAUGGCUGGAGAAUUUCCGGCUUUUGAGACGGUAUUUGUCAAGGAGCGAGAUCUCUAUCUGUGUCACUCCCUUCAGGCGGCUGCCACGACGCCUCUGCAUCCUGACCAGCCUCUGCAGCCGGUCAAUGUGGUAGGAGUCGUGGGAAUUGGGCAUUCAGCUGGGAUUAUGGCCAAUUGGGGCAAAGUGGAUACCAAGCGCAUCUCAGACAUUCUCAUCAUUCCUCCGCCGACGAUUCGUGGGAGAGUGAUCAAGGCCAGCAUCAAGUAUGGGUUUCUGGGAAUCGUGGGCUAUGGCAUCUUCCGCAUUGUGAAACCCAUUAUGCCGAAGAUUUUAUGAUGUCUUCUGUUCAUUCUGCUGUAAACUUCCGGGCCAAAACUGUGCCAAUCCAUCACAGCCACAAUCUUUUGCUUAAAUGUAAAUAUCUCGGCAGAUCAAUAAAGAAAGAUAUCGAGGAAA